AUUGUUCCCCAGGUUUUCGCAGCAGUCUCCAUCAUGAUUUGUGUUCAUCUAUUCUUCUUUUCUUUCAGCCGUACCGUUUAAAUGGCCGGUCAUCUCAGAUGUAAAGGUGUAAAACAAUGUUGAGGACUCGUGCUUUGUUCGUCUCAGACACAAAUGGUUUCAAAACAUUACAAACGGUUUGACAUGGAUGUAGUUUAUUGUUUAUAUAAUUUAGUGAGGGCAGCGAGCUGCUGCAUGUUUGCAAAGUCGGAGAUGUCGAUUUAAUUUAUCCGUUGUGAAUUAUCUCCGUGGUGAAGGCGAGUAACUUAUUUUACACCAAACAUGGACUCCGACCGAAGGAGGGACAGCCGCAGUUGGGACUGGGACAGCCCGCAGUGCCGAGCCCAGCUGGACGAGAUCUUUUUCCGCCGACAUGACUACAUCCAGGCGGGACGGCCGGAGCACAAAGAGUUCUGGUCUUUUUUUGACCGCUUCCAACGGUUUAAAACCAAGAGGGACAUGUCUGGGGCAGGAGCGAAGAGGGACAGCGAAGACGGGAGAAAGACUGGCGCAGGAAAGGUAGACCUCGGCCUUCCGAAAGACUACGACGCUCGUUACCGCAUCAACGUGUCCGUGUGCACCAGGGAUGUGGAGGAGCGCCUUGGGACGUCGGAGCACAGAGGUAGGGAGAGACCCUCGGGUCCGGGCAGUCAGGAGAUCUCCGACUGCCGCCUGGCUCUCCUGCAUUUCCUGGACUUCAACCAGAGACAGAGUUUUGGAAAGCUGGCCAAGCUCCGCCGGGAGCAGAAGAACCUGCCCAUCUUCCAGUACCGGGACAGGAUAGUGGAGCUGGUGCGACUCCACCCGGUGGUCGUGGUGGCAGGGGACACGGGCUGUGGGAAGUCCACCCAAGUACCCCAGUAUCUUCUCUCGGCUGGCUUCAACCACAUCGCCUGCACUCAGCCUCGACGUAUCGCCUGUAUAUCCCUCGCGAAGAGGGUCAGCUUUGAGAGUCUCAAUCAGUACGGCUCCAAGGUGGGGUACCAGAUCCGCUUUGAGACAACCCGGACCCCGUCCACCAAACUCCUGUUCCUGACUGAGGGGCUGCUGCUCCGACAGAUCCAGCAGGACAGGACCCUCUCUCAGUACCAGGUGUUGAUCGUGGACGAGGUCCACGAGAGGCACCUCCACUGUGACUUCCUUCUUGGGGUCCUGCGCUCCCUGCUGUCGGACCAACCAGACCUGCGUCUCAUCCUCAUGUCGGCCACCAUCAACAUCAAACUUUUCUCUGACUAUUUCAGAGGUGCUCCUGUGCUGCAGGUACCAGGCCGGCUGUUCCCUAUACAGGUGAUAUACCAGCCCAUUCCGAAUGAGGAGCAGGCCUCGCGCUCAGAGAAACUGGAUCCCAGACCCUACCUGCGCAUCCUGCAGGGCAUUGAUCAGCGCUACCCUCCCGAGGAGCGUGGUGACCUGCUGCUCUUCCUCAGCGGUGUGGCGGAGAUCUCCACCAUCCAGGAGGCCUGUCAGGUUUAUGCCACGCACACGCGUCGCUGGAUUGUCUUGCCACUACACAGCACACUCUCUCUGGCCCAGCAGGAUAAGGUGUUUGACAUUUCUCCUCCGGCAGUGAGAAAGUGCAUCAUCUCUACCAAUAUUGCUGAGACUUCAGUUACAAUAGAUGGAGUACGCUUUGUUGUAGACUCAGGGAAGGUAAAGGAGAUGAGUUUUGAUCCAAAGGCCAAGAUGCAACGUCUGCAGGAGUUCUGGAUCAGCCGAGCCAGCUCUGAGCAGAGGAAAGGUCGCGCUGGUCGCACCGGUCCAGGAGUGUGUUACCGCUUGUACGCCGAGUCCGAUUACGAUGCCUUUGCACCUUAUCCGGUGCCUGAAAUCCACAGAGUGGCUCUGGACUCCCUCAUUCUUCAGAUGAAGAGCAUGUCUCUUGGAGAUCCUCUUUCUUUUGUCUUCAUCGAUCCACCUCCAGCUGCUAGUAUCCAGACUGCAAUUACUUAUCUGAAAGAGCAGGGAGCGCUGGACAGUCGCUCUGAACUGACCUCGAUUGGUAAUUUGCUGGCACAGCUGCCUGUGGAUGUGGUCAUCGGGAAGAUGCUGGUGCUGGGCUCCUUGUUUAAACUGGUGGAUCCCGUGAUGACAGUAGCAGCAGCCCUCAGUGUUCAGUCGCCUUUCCUGCGCAGCGCACAGCACAACCCAGACUGUGCCACUGCAUGCCAGCCCCUGCAAAGCAACCACGGGGACCCCUUUACCCUGCUCAACACCUUCAAUGCCUGGGUGGAGGUGAAGGGAGAGAGAGGUGGUGGCUCCAGGAAGUGGUGCAGGAGGAGAGGCCUGGAGGAGCAGCGUCUCUAUGAGAUGGUCAACCUACGCAGACAGUUCAAGGACUUGCUGAAGAGCCACGGCCUGCUGGAAACGGAGAGCAGCACUCCCUCUGGUGGUGACCGCGGGCAGCGUAGGCAAAGGCUAACGGAGAGGAAGAAGCUGCAUCAGCUAAAAAGAGAUCAUGAGCAGCAGGAGAGUGGCAGACGUAAAGUCCUGAGGAUGGAUGAGGGCCAGGACGGAGAGUUCUCCUCAGGAUCAGACGCAGAGGGAGCCGGCAAAGGCCAGAAGGACAAGGGGGCAUCUGGACAGAACUUGGACAUACAGGAUGUGAAGUUCAAGUUGCGUCACAACGUGUCAGAGCUGCGGGAGGCGGCCAGCGUCAGUCAGGACAUGUCCUCCCGCCAGCAGGUUUUGCUCAAGCUGCUGCUUUGCCGCGGCCUCUACCCUCAGCUGGCACUGCCCGAUGAACACAACUCCACCCGCAAGGACUCCGAGCAGGUGUUUCACACAAGGAAUAAGCAGGGAGUGGUGAUCCACCCGACUAGCGUGUUUGCCAGCGACCCAGAGGUGUUGCAAGUGCCUGAGGAUGACACCAGGGAAAUUGGGCCUGACAGGCGGGACAGCAGCAGACACCAGCUGCUGGCCUUCGUCACUCUGUUGGAGACCAACAAGCCAUAUUUGUCCAACUGCGUGCGGGUUCCAGCGCUGCAAGCUCUGCUGCUGGUAGCAAACUCCGUGGACAGCAACGCCGACUGUACGCGCCUGGUGGUGGACGGCUGGCUGGAGCUGGAGCUGAGGGAGCCCGAGGAGGCCCUGAAGGUGCUGUCCACAGCUCUUACACUCCGGGGUGAGUGGGAGCGUCUCCUGUUGGCCCAGCUGAAACAGAGCACAAUGGAGGGACCUGCAGUCCUGGGGGUGUCCCGCAAAGUCAUGGAGAAGCUGAGUGAAGGCCUGGUCCGCUUCCUGCUCUACACUGAGAUAACUUACAGCCUACGGCGACUCACAGCUUUCCAGACGCAGAACCUGUACAUCGGCCCUCAGUCUCAGUCCGAGCUGUCUCACACCAAAGCUCGAGACGUCAACCCACUGUUUCCAGGAGUCGAGGCCAAGCCGGACCCCAUUAAAGGAGGCCUGCGUGUCACCAGCUUCUUCAACUACAACUGUCUGGUUGACUCAAAGGAUCUCUACAGUGAGUGUUUACGCACUUUCUGGAGCUGUCCUAACUGUGACCUCUACAUGCCUCUGACUCCUCUGGAACGCAUGCAGCACGAGGCCUCCUGCAGGCCAGCGGGAGAACAGCAGCAGCCGGAGGAAGAGCCAGAAGGUGGAAAGGCGGUCUCCUCCUCAGUGCCCAGUCUCACCAGAGUUUAUCACUGUGACGUCUGUGAUGAAGACCUGACCCUCACCUCCACUGAGAUCCUCAAACACAAAAGGCAGCACAUGUUUUCUGCUAAGUAACUGACUUCAGCAUCUGAAGAGCAACAGCUGCUCACAACUUGUCUGUUCUGUUCUGUUGAGAACUUAUUGGAGUUCAUGGAAUGAGGUUGUUAUACAUUUGUACUUGAAGAAUGUUAUUAAAGUGCUAUUACUUUUUU